AUGCGCUUGGCUCAACAGUGCGGGGAAUCAUUCCCCGCAUUCUCCAUUUCGCGGCGAGAUCAUGAUCAUCAACUAAAUACAAGUCACUGGGGUCCCUGUGUCUUUGGUGGUUCAGUUUGCGAAUAUUGCCAAACCUAUUUCGACAGGAACUACGACCACGACUGUCAUUCCGACAUCCCUUCUUCCAUAAUUGUGGAUUCGCCUCCACCACAAAUUGCUCACAAUGAACGCGAUUUCGUUGAUCCCCACCAGAUUCUGGCAGAGGGUACUCGUUACGAAAACCCCUCUCCCGCGUCGUCUCACUUGAUGGUGUAUCCCGCAUCGCUGUCAACGGAGGAUACAUCGCUGACGUCAACAGACGAUAGCACGCCGAUUUCAAUCGAGGAUAACACGCCAAUGUCUACCGAGGACACAACACCGCUAUCGAGCGCGUAUACAACACCUCGCUCCGCUCCCGCAAGUCAGCACAGCGAGAACAGCCUUAAUCCUCGCUCGUGCGGCUGUACGGAGACACUGUUGUCCAAGAUGUCCAAGAAAGACCGUGAAAAACAUGAAAUCUCCAAAGCCCAUCGUCCAGAUUUAUACGGCAAGACCAGGGAGGAAGCACCACUCGGCACGCACCAAUGCUGCUGUGGCGACAUGGUUCCUCGACGCGACAACCACAAGCGGCAUGUGGAGACAUGAAAGAAAAAUGCAAUUAUGCCAUUCAGGUGUACUGUGUCUUGUGUGUGUCCUGCCACUCGGUUCAAGAAAACACUUGAAUCCCCCCCACCCCACCUAAAAUCAGCACGAUUUGGCAGGGAGCCAUUGCGGUGUUUUUUUUUUCGACCCAGUAGCCUGCAGAUGAUAUGAUGCCCUGAUAUCGCUGCGAUAUGCGAUUUGAUAGGCGACCAGAGAAUAACACGCUCCGGCUCAAGGAGAUUAUCUGUAUUGGGCUGCGCCUCGUCUCGUCUCCACUCCCUCUCCGAACUUUUGGCCACUACUCGGCCGCCGAGCACCAAUCAACUGCUGGAGAUGCUCCCUCUUUCGCGCCGUGAGCGCCUGCGGGAGGCCACUCAACGGCCUCAAUCCAGUCGCCCAGGUGCCUUAAUGUGACUCAGCCCCUUAGUCUGUUGUGAAGAUCCGUGACGAAGCACAAUGGCGG